AUUUAUUUUAAUAUCAGACCAAACAUACGCGUUAUAACCGAACCACGUUAUAUACCGUGCAUACACUGCGAUACCACAACAACGACUGUCGUUCCGGGCGCCAGUCCAACAAGAUACCCAGGAGGGGGAUCCGCCAACCAAAGAUCCACUUUAAAAUUGUUGUGUUCAAAACUUUGAGAAAAACGCCAUAGAUUAAUUUGAGUUUAUAACAUCAGUGUUUCAUAAAAUAAAGUAAAUUUUAUUCGGAGUAAUAAAAUUUUGAUUUUAUUUUAUAUUAAGAUAAUUGACAAAAUGGUGGUUAAAAUUAUCAUCAUCGGAGCUGGAGUUGGUGGUACAGCAGCAGCUGCUAGACUUAGCAAAAAAGGAUUUCAAGUAGAAAUUUAUGAAAAAAACGCAUAUAAUGGUGGAAGAUGUUCACUCAUUUAUCAAAAUGGACAUCGGUUCGAUCAAGGACCAUCAUUGUAUUUGAUGCCCAAGAUAUUUGAAGAGACAUUUGAAGAUUUGGGAGAGGAUAUUAAAAAUCAUAUAGAGUUAUUAAAGUGUCCAUCUAAUUACAGCGUACAUUUUCAUGACGGCGAAACGUUCGAACUCACCACAGAUAUAUCGAAAUUAUCUCGUUCUUUGGAAAAAUAUGAAGGUGAUGGUGAAUCGACAUUAAUUAAUUUUUUGAGUUAUUUAAAGGAAACUCAUGUACACUAUCAAAGGAGCGUCAAAGUUGCACUCAAGACCGAUUUCCAACAUUGGUAUGAUUUUUUUAAUCCAAAACAUAUACCGGACGUAAUACAGCUGCAUUUAUUGGACACUGUUUACAACAGAGUUUGUAAAUAUUUCAAAAGCGACUACAUGAGAAAGGCGUUUUCAUUCCAGACAAUGUACUUAGGAAUGUCGCCGUAUGAUGGUUUGGCACCCUAUACUUUAUUGCAGUACACUGAAAUAGCGGAAGGAAUUUGGUAUCCGAAAGGUGGUUUUAACAAAGUUUUACAGAGUCUGGAAAACAUUGCCGUACAACACGGGGCCAAGUUCAAUUAUAACACCGAUGUCCAAGAAAUAAUAGUUGACGACAAGGGAGUGGCGAAAGGAAUUAAAUUGGUAAACGGCGAUGUAGUAAAUAGUGACAUUGUAAUUUGUAAUGCAGAUCUCAUAUAUGCGUACAACAAACUGUUGCCAAAAACGUCAUACGCUGAAAAACUCGGCAAAAAAGAACUUACGUCUUCUUCGAUAUCGUUUUAUUGGUCCAUGAAAACUAUUGUGUCUGAAUUGAAAGUACACAACAUAUUUUUGGCCGAAAAAUAUAAACUAAGUUUUGAUCAAAUAUUCAAGGAUCAUACGCUGCCCGACGAACCAUCGUUUUACGUAAACGUACCUAGUCGUAUCGAUCCGACAGCAGCGCCAGAAGGAAAAGACACGGUCGUAGUUCUAGUACCAGUGGGACAUAUAUCGAAUGUACCAAAUAUUGAUUUUGAUCAACUUGUGAAGAGAGCUAGGGAACAAGUAAUCGAAACAAUAGAAAAAAGAUUAAAAAUAUCCAACUUCAGAAAUUUGAUCGAACACGAGAUAGUAAAUGAUCCGAGAACGUGGCAAAACGAAUUUAAUUUAUGGAAAGGAUCCAUACUGGGAUUAUCUCAUUCAUUAUUUCAGGUUUUAUGGUUCAGACCCAGUUUGAAAUGUAAAAUAUUUGAAAACCUGUACUUUGUCGGUGCUUCGGUACAGCCUGGCACUGGUGUACCAAUUGUUUUAUGUGGUGCAAAAAUGCUAGAAAAACAACUGUGUGAUAGAUUUUUAGAGGGUAAAGUUGAAAUCAACAUUUGGUCAAAGUGUGUUUCAUUUUUAAUCGGUCUCGUAGCACUUCUGAUUUUUUGGUUUUUUUUCAAAUUUUAAUAAUGAACAAUGUAUGCACUAUGUAUUAUGUGUAUAUAUAUUUUAAAGUUUAAACGUUUAUCACUUUAUUAUUGUAAUACUUUUGUUAUAAUUUUUUUAAACCUUUAACUUCAUAGCCAAUGUUUUCUAAUAAUUCAAAAUGAACAAUAUUAUUGUUUUUAAGUACACUAUUUUUAUGUAUUUUUAAUAUAUACAUUGUAUAUACUAUAAGUUUAAAUGUCUUAAUAUGAGUAUAAUUAAAAUACAAUAAUGUAUUAUAUGUAUUAUACACGUAUAAACGUAUUCCAAAUUUUACUUAUCAUCAUACAUUAAAUUUUAAGGUGUUGGUUAGUUUGAAAUUGAUGUAUUUUUUAUUUGAACGUAUUUUAAUUUUUAUACUUUUCUAAAACGUAGCAUUUAAUAUUUUAGUAAAUUUAUUCAUGUCAUUUCAGUUUUAGCUUAAGUUAAAAUAUUAUAUUUAUAUAGUUACAUGAAAAAAUUAUUUCUAAUCAAAAUAACCAAUGGUCUUAUAUUUAAUAAUUAUAUACAUAUGAUUUUUAUAAAGUGUGCAUAAACAUACACAUAAAUGAUUUAUUGUUUUACAAUCGUAUUUUGCUAAUUUACAAAAAUAAAUAAGUUGAUAAUA